UUGAGGUGACUGAGUGAAAAUCGCCGGAAAAUCUGUCUCAGCCGCAAAUAAGAGACCAAAAAGAGAGAGUGAUAUCGUACGUAUACGUAAUACGCCGCCCACAUUACGUAUACGCAAUAUGCUGCUUAGCCGCAAUGAGUGCGAGAAAAUACUGGAAAAUGUGAAAAGCGGAGCGAAAGGCGUCAAACUUAUCGAUUAUCAAGUAAUUAAAGAUCUUGACGCCAUCGGUUAUCUAGGGGAUUACUAUGCCCUAACUCUGAGAUACUGUAAUGAGGAAGACAAAAUUACAAAACAAAUUAAACUAUUUUUAAAAGCCUUGCCUCAAGCAAGUGCUGAGCUCGCCAAAGAAGCCAUAUUCCAAAAAGAAGCAUGGCUUUAUGAGACUUUACUAGCUGAGAUGCAGAAAUAUUCCUCUACAAAAUGGAGCGCCGAAUGUUAUUUCACUCGCAGCGAUUUAUGUCUGGAGGACAUCAAACUAAAAGGUUAUAGACCAUCAGAGAAACCCGAACUCUCACAGGAUAAUAUGCAGCAAUUAAUUAAAUCAAUGGCUGCUUUUCAUGCUGCCAGCUUAAUUUAUGAACAUAAAACUCAAAAAAAUAUAGGAGAAACCUAUGCAGAUCAUUUGCUGGAGAUUACAGUGGCCUCGAAGAUAGCCUGGUUCACCACAGGACUCUCUGCUGUCCUGGCUGCAGUUCGAAGUCUUCCACAAUAUCAGGGGAAGAGAGAUCAGAACUUUAUAGACACUAAACUUCUUAAGAUAAUGGAGGAGAUUUACGAGCAAGCUGCACCUUCAAAAAAAUACAAGAACGUUCUCUGUCAUCGUGAUCUUUGGUCGGGUAAUUUUUUUCCGGUCGAAAAAUCAGCAUCUGCUUUGCUCAUAGAUUUUCAAACUUGUCGCUAUACACCGCCAGCUUCCGACUUAAACUUUAGUCUUUACAUGAAUUUCAGCUCGGAAAAUAGAAGAAAUAUAGAGAGAAAAUGCAUUGAUUUGUAUCACAGUUUCUUGGUGAAAAAUCUAUCAGAUUUUGAGCUUGAGAAUUGGUGAUUAAAAGCUGAACUCAUUGAAUCCUAUGAAGAUUAUCGUUUAUUUGGUGUGGUCUAUAGGGCGGUGGCUGCCACAAUUGUCAAGGUUCCCCAGGAAUUUAUAACAAAUGACUUCAAGUAUGUGGAUCGCAGUAAAAUUAUCCUUAAUCAUAUGAAAAAGGAUCAAGAGUUUGGAAGAUAUAUGGGAUGCUGUGUGGAUGUCAUGGAGAUGGCCUUGGCCAGGGAAAACAUGCGAUAAGGAAGUAGGAACACUUCUUAUCGGCAGAU